GGCUCACCGCCGCAACCUAAAAGCCCCGAACAAGUCAGAAAUGGUAGUAUAGAUAUAUUUCCUUGAAUUCCUCCUGCGAAGGAAAGAAAGAAUAAAGAGAGAGAGAGAACGUACCCAUCCGUUUGAAGCUGCUGGCCCUUGUCCAACCAAUACCGCGGAAUGCCAAGAAUGUGUAUUUGGGCCAUCCAACAUCCCUAAUUCGAGCAGUUUUGGGCCAUCGCUGCAAUUCGAUAAGAUCCUAUCCUUGCAAGAAUCAUCCGUCGUGCUACCUCGUAGCAUCUUACCUUUUCCUAUCCCAUGCCCAUCGCUGAUGAUCCGACACCAUCUAGAGCCCGACCUUCAUCCUGGAGCUGCGCCCGCCGAGCUUCCCCGGAAAGCAGGCCGACCACCCAAAUCCCAGAGCACGCUCUUCCAGAAAGGUCUGCGAACCCGCCGUGCCGUGAUGGGCGACGAGCACGUCGACCGUGCCCUGGAGAGCAACUCGAGCGCAUUCGCCGCCCCCAUGCAGGAGAUGGUCACGGAGUGGGCCUGGGGCAAUGUCUGGAACCGACCGGGCCUGAGCCGCAAGCAGCGCAGUCUAAUGAAUAUCGGGCUGUUGAUGGCUCUGAAUCGCACGCCAGAGCUGGCGAUGCACAUUCGCGGUGCCAUCAACAAUGGCCUGAGCGAGGUGGAGAUCCGCGAGGCGAUUAUGCAUUCGACCGUGUACUGCGGUGCGCCGGCGGGCAUGGAGGCGACGAGGACGGCGGAGAGGGUGCUUCGGGAGAUGGCGGAGAAGGGGGAGCUGGAGCGGGUGCUAAAUUGAUCUUUGCCUGUACAGAGGAGUCUGGUGUCAUUUGGGAAAGUGAGCAUGUCUGUUCUUUGACUGUAUGGUCAGUGAAGACCGAGAGGGCGUUGCAAAAGAGCAUCCAUGAUGGGGAGUCGACGUCGGCCAACUGCAGGGAAACCCGUUGUGAGCGGCUCUCAUUGGUUCUGCUUAGCGGCCAGACUUGGGCAUCGUUGCCAUCAGAGUCUCGGUGUCGAGCAACAGAAACGGCGUCUGCUUCCCUUGCACAAAUUGAAUGGCGCCAAAUUAUCGUGGUUAGUCAAAUCAACUAAUAUCAAAUUCAG